CCAUAAAUUGCGUUCCACGUGCAAUUCAAUCUGGUUCCAACGCUCCAAAAUCCUCGAGAGCCAUCUCCGCUUCUCGCUACUCUUUUAAAGUGAUAAGUCACUUUUCUUUUUCUGCGGCAGCUACCCGUGAAGAUCAUCAACUAGGAAUAUGCAUCACCGUUAGAUGCAGAGACAGCGAUAUAGAAGGGUGGAAAAGGGAGGGUAGUUUUUCUGAAAAAAAAUUUAAAGAAAAAAAAAAGAAGAGGAGAUUCUACUGCCUUGCAUAAAUGGUGAGAGCUAUGUGGUUAAGUAGCUUGACAACCUCUGUAAACAGUAGCAUCUGUGGAUCUACCCAAAUAUGGAGGAGUUUCAGGACCCGAACCCAGAUAACCUCUGGAGUUGAAAGAUUAUGCCAUUGGCAUCAAGGUGUACAGAGACUAUCCUCUACAGGUCUGUAUGAUAUUUUAAGACUGCGAAAUUUGAGGGUCAAAGCUGGAUGGCUUUUUAAAGGAGGUGACCAGGGGUCGGAUGCAAGCUCAGAGAGUAGUGAGAGUGCGAAUGAGGAUAUAUUGGUUUUCUUUUUCCAACUGGACCUGGCAACUCGAGUACAGUGUUCUCUGAAUAUGGAGCAGUAUGAAAUUGCACAACAACUGAGAAACAAACUUACUGAGGUUGAAGCAGAGAUUAUCAAACAGACAGAAGCAAAAAGGGGAUCAGCCUCGAAGAGCGAAGCUCAAGACAAGGCUAUAAGCAUCUUACGUCUACGUGCAGACCUGCAAAAUGCAAUUCAGAAUGAGAACUAUGGUUUGGCAGCUAAAUUACGGGAUGAAAUUUCUAAACUCGAGGCAGAGUCUCUGGCUGCAUCAGCAAAAGCUCAAGUGUAUGAAAAUGCUGAAUAUGCCUUUCGUUUGGGUCAGAAAGUGAGACACAAGAUGUUUGGAUAUCGAGCUGUGGUUUGUGGAAUGGAUCCAGUGUGCUGUGAAUCAAAUUCGUGGAAGGAAAUAGCGCAGGUUGAAAAGUUGUCUCGUGGUCCUGAUCAACCAUUUUAUCAGGUAUUGGUUGAUGUACAUGCAGACCCCAAUUUACUAGUGGCAUAUGUUCCAGAGGAGAAUUUACUAGCCCCUGACAAAGCAGACAAGGGCAGGUUUGAUCAUCCCUAUGUUUCCUUUUUAUUCUACGGGAUGGAUGCCGCUGGAGAUUUCAUCCCCAUCAAACAGCUGCGUGAGAAGUACAAUAGGCCGCGGCAUGAGGUGCCCUAUGAUGGACAGGAUGAGAAUGAUAAAGAAGAUGCUUGAGUGGCUCCACUCCUGAUUUGCUCUCAUCUCAGAUUCUAAUGAUACCGGAAAUCGUUGUGCCAUCAGCUGUCUGCUGCGGUGUUUUAAGUAGUUGCCUCUGUUGAAAACAUUAUAUGAUAACACGAGUUCUGCUUUGGCUAGUCAAGUUGAUCCUACAUCAAGGCUGCACAAUCUUGACAUCUUGUAGUUCACUUGUAGAUGACCUGAAUACCAGUCAUGUAUAUACCAUAUUUUCAGAUACUAUAUAUUUUCAGGAUUAGGGAGGCUUUCCUGUACUCCAUAUGUAGAACUUUGAUGCUAAAUCACAAUAGUAAAAAAAUUUCCUCACAACUUAUUUUUAUUUGUA